UUCCGGUUUGUUGGUUCUUUUUAUAUUGGUUAUUUUUUAGUUGUCUUUUGCAGAGGUCAUUUUUCCCCAUCAAAGGAGAUCAAAACUAGACAACUGUCCAGUUUAUAUUCUGUGCGUAGCUAGGAUGAUAAUAAUCAUAACUGCGUUAUCGAGGAGUAUCACACAUUUAUCAAUCCGUUGAGGAAAAUGUUCGUUUUACAAUUGACGAGAUAGAAGCUAAAUAUAUUUGAAUCUAUCCUGCAUCAUUAGAUGAAAGCUUUAUUCAUUUAAAAAGUACAGUUUUGAAACCAAACAAUCCAAAUUUCUGAGAGGUCGAACCAAAAGCAGAAGGGAUACUUCGAAAUGGCAUUUUCUGAAAACAACAGCACGGCAUAUUUCAGCAAAACUGUUUAAUAUUUUAUCAGUGAAAACUGGUUGAAAUUAUACUACUUGGAAGUUGAGGAAAUACUAGAUCGGUCUGACAAAAUGCAUACAACAACACGGUACUAUUUUUUUUAAAGGAUAAAUCUUUUUCCUCACAAGUUAUUGUAUAUUAUUGUCCAAAUCUACGGAGGUCUAUAAAUAUAAAGCUCAAUUUUUCGUAAAGUGUAGAGAGCAAUUUAAAAGAAUAGGCUGGUAAUGUCUGCCCUUGAAAAUAGCUAUAGAGCAGUUCUGAAAUUAUGUAUGAUGUCCUUGAGUAUUUAUAAAUAUGUGAUGUACUUUGCAUCGUGAAGGUCGGUUUUUACUUCGCAAAGAAACACCUCAGGGAUUUAUCAAUGCAAAUACAAUACUCUACGAAGAACAUCUUAACGGUACUUAUCAAUGAUGAGCCCCUUUUAGCCUAACAAGGGCAUAUCUAGACGCCAUUCUUGUUUAUGAAUAGGUAUGCAAACAUUGGUAAAACAGAACAGUAACAGUGUUUCUUCUGAGGCUUGAACUUGGAAUCUGAUCGUUGCAAAAUUAUUUUGCCAAUUGGUUUCUUUGGUUUUUGUAACAAAACUCCAAAUAAUACAUAAAGAGAAUAUACCUAAACAGCACAAACUGUUUACUUAUGAAUACAUAUUGUAGUAUAUAAAACAAUAUAUUUUAAGUAAAUUCUAAACAUUAGUUUGCAGAAAACAAAAGUGAAUGAAAAAGGCUUGGUAUCACUUUACUUGACAGGGCACAAAUACAUAGUAGUAACUUAGUUACUACAGAAGUAUAAAUCAUGUAGAAAUAUAGUAACUAGUUGAGAAAAAGGAUGGGUCAUGAUUCAUUAAUGAUGAACAAACAUAAGAUCAGUAUUUCACUUGUUAUUCAUUUAGUAGCUCCUUCAGUAAUUCACUAAGUCAUACAGAAUUAGAUAUAGUAAUAAAUACAGUAAUUGCUUGACAUAAAAGAUGUCAUGAUUCAUUAAUGAUGAUUGAACAUAAGAUCAGUAUGUAAUUAAGACUUAAUUUGUGGUUAAUUAAUACCUAAGUAAUAGCAUAAUAUUACAUCAUCUGUGCCCCCUCAAGUAAAGUGUUACUAAAGGUUUGUAUUAAAAAAAUCCACUCAGGAUACUCUUCCAAAGGCCUGAUUCUAGGGGUGUCCCAGAGAGUUUAGUCUACUGGAAGAGGCCUGUAUUCCAUUCCCAGAGGAAAAAGAACGGACAUCAUCAGCGGGCAAACUGCCUGCAGUGGAGGGAGACGCAGCGUGAAUAUCAGCGUGAUGGAUCCUGAGGUAUCAGUGCUUCUACACUGCACACCUUGGAAAGGCUUGAGAGAAGGACAAGUACGAGUGGAGCUCUCCACCAGACUUUCUUUCCCAAUGGCUCACAGGUACAACCGCCAUUGCCUGCCAGGGCUCGAGCGGCAGAUUGAGGAGGUAUGGAGAGAGCGAGUCACCCGUGAGCCCUGGCUGUUCAACGGGGCUAAAUUCAGGCUGCAUUCAGCCACUUUUACACCCAAGCUCCAGAACAAACCUGAAUCAGAUGUCCACAGCACGCUCUGUCUGCCACCGGGUCAAGCUGGAUGCAACGGGCCACAAAAGUGGGUCAGUGGUGCCGAAGGGGGAGGGGCAGCACAACAAAGAGGCAAGACUGGGCCAGACCAGACACAAAGAACCACUGAAAAUACAAAUGGGGCAGGAGCAUGCAAAUGUAGAGACAAGAAGACAGUAGAUGUGCUGAACAGCGUGAGCUUGCAUGCGUACACAUGGACACAUGGCGCGGUAAUGCAUUCGACAAAUGUCGGUGAAGCCCAGAGGGAAUCAUCACAUUGUCCCGGCACGCUAAGAGAUGUGGGGAGCCACAAACGCCCCGUUCUCACCCUGCACCUUGGCCUCACCUGCUACAAGGACUUCCUGGGGACCAACUGGUCCAAGAAUGUUGGGGACCUUGUGAGACGGGGAACAAACCAAUUUGGGGACCCAAGUUCUUUACUGGCCCAGCCCUUGGGGGUUGGCGCGGUUCUGCGGACCUCUGACAAUCUGGUGGUGUUUCUCAGAAGGAGCCAAAAAGUGGCAGAAGCAUCGGGACUUCUGGACAUUCCAGGAGGACAUCCAGAACCUAAGGCUGUGUGCAUGGGGGUCAACGAGGAUAGCAUCCGGGUGGAACAGUUGCCACAGGAGGCUGUAGUCAGAGAGCUCUUCUCCUCUGUUCAGGCCGAGAUCCGGGAUGAGGUGAACAUUCCCCUCAGCUGCCUCAGCGCGCCUAUCCUCAUGGGCAUCGCCCUUAAUCACACCAGUGCCGGCCGACCCAGCGCCGAGUUCUACAUUAGCUGCUCCCUCACUGCCCAGGAAGUGAAGGAUUUCUACUUGCAAGGUGGCCCAGAAGCCAGCGAGUCCACGGAUAUCGUCUUUCUCAGUAGACAGGAGGUGCUGCAGUUGAACGAGGGCGCCCCCCUGUGGUCUGAUCUGUGUCCAUCUGCAAAAGGAGCAGUGGUGCUGUAUCGCCUUGUUCUUCCUGACCAGGACUGACUGGCAGUAGAGGGUGGCAGCAGAGCCAAGAUGUGAAAAACAGUUAAUAGGUUUAAAUAAGUGCAAAAUCAAGCACAGAAACUCAGGACAAAUGCAGUAAAGAGAAAUGGAUAUAUGAUCUCAUUACAUCAUAAGUUAUAAAUGUGUGCUGUACAUAUUCUUUUCAUUAAUAAUGAGUGUAUAUAUUGUUUAAAGCAAACAACACAUGGAUUUAAAUAUAUUUUUGUACAUUUUCUUCA